AUGAAGUUGUUCGGUGGCUUUAUUUUAAUAAGCUUGUCAUUCAUUGUUUGUGGCCAGCGACCUGCACAGAAUCCUGUACCAGCAUCUCAGCCGCGACAAGCCGUCAAUCCAGGACAAGAUGCUGGUCAAAUUUACACCGGCCUCGGGACCAGUCCCGUUUAUGGCGUAAAUUUGGUACCAUUUGGGCCGGAAGCGGGUGACCAGAAGGUGCAUCCAGGAAUGCUCACAUCUGGGCAGACGAUAAACAUGCACAUGUUCUUUCCAUUCUACGGCGGCCUUUAUAAUUAUUCUGUGCUUUCUGUGAAUGGUUACAUCGCUUUUGCAACAGUCUUGGAUCAAGGCCCAACGAUAAAUGUUGGUGUGGAAUCAACAAAUUGGCCGCAGCAACAAGAUCCGGCAAUGAUUGCACCAUAUCUGUGCAAACAACAGAUCGCGCAGAAUCCAAGUCCAGGGCUACGAACCGGUGUUUAUUAUCGAUUGAUAUUGCGACAGUCCUUGUUUGGCCGUGGCACCAAUACUAAUAUGCCAUAUGGGGGUACCAUGCAGCAGUCCAGCUUUUUUGGACAACCGGCCAGCAAAGCUUGUCCAAGUACAUCCGAAUCAUACGUACACUGUGAUCGAAACAGCGAUUAUUUUCUGGAUGAAAUGAUGCGAUGGCUUCAAGAGGGUGUAGCUGGAGCAGCAGCAUUUCGCGCAGAUGCAGCGCUGGUGGUCACUUGGUACAAUACAGCAUCGGCAGUCGUCGGCCGGUCCGAUAUUGACGCUGGCCAGUUAUCCACCUACCAAGCAAUAUGGCUCACUGAUCAGCCUGGCCGACUGAGUUAUGUAAUUCUAAACUACGACAAACUCGGAUUUGAUGCUGCGGAUUUUCGAAUGAAUUCGCGGAGCGGUCGCUGUCAGGCACUUUUCAACGGCGGCAAUCACACGGGUACAGUGCCG